AUGUCGCCCUGUCCGAAGAUUAAUAACCUAAGAAACCUUGAUGAGAGAAUCGUUGAGAAAAAGCGACAAGAUACUUUCGAAAUAUGUAAAAUUUUUAAAGAACAAAAUAAUCUGGUUAUAAGCAAUGCCAAAGAAGCCCGCCCCAGAUUAAGAAGAAAUAUACAAGAAAAUCCAGCCAUAAACAGAGAAGAUCUUAAAAGAGUUGAAAGCAUAGUUGAGAAACUCUACGAUGAAGUGGAAAAAAAAAUAACUUAUAGGCAAAGAAAAUUUAAUGAUUCGACUACGAUAAAGAUCAGCCAUAGGCGUUUCAAUUUUGCUCCAGCGAGUUUAUCGGGACCUGAAAAACAAGGUCCAAGUGCUGAUGGUGCGAAAGUACUAUAUCAUGGAGGUCCCGAUACAAUGCCUUGGACCAAGAAGUGGCAUCAUGGGAUCGUUCCAUAUUUUAUCGAUCCUAAUUCUUAUGAUGUCCAACUAACGGAAGUGAUAAUCAAAGCAUUUGAUUACUUUGAGAAAGUUACUUGCAUUCGGCUGCAGCGGCUAAGAGAUCGACCCCUUGAUAAAAAGUCUCUACAAAGUGUGGAAUGGUUGUAUAUCAGCAAUCCUUCUGGUAUCCGGCAAUGCGUUCAUAGUAACGAGAGAAAACCCAAUCAAGGUGUUCAGAUGGUGGUAAUCGGCUACGAUUGUAUGUCUUUAGGGGAAAUUCUUCAUGAAAUUAUGCACGUAUUAGGUUUCUCUCAUGAACAUACCCGGCCCGAUAGAGACAGCUACAUAACAAUCUUGUGGGACAAUAUAAAAGCAGGAUACAAGAAAUAUUUCUCAGCACGCCGAGUUGAUCCGCUUAAUCUGCCAUAUGAUUACGCUAGCGUGCUUCAUUAUCCCCCUCGAGCGUUUUCUAAAAAUGGGCAAAUGACCAUAAUGGCGCAACAACCAACAAAGAUUGGCCAACGUGAAGCUUUAAGCGAAAUAGACAUUUUAAAAGUAUCAAAAGUAUACAACGCCGAGUGCAUGGAACGGAAUAAGGAAUAUCUUUUGGAAACGUGUCCUAGCGUUAUGAAUAGAAGGAAAGAUGAGCAAGCAGCUACUAUUGAUGAAAUCAAUGAUUACUUUAGCGAAAGGAUCUGGCCGUAUGGUAUAGUUAAUUACAAGAUACGGGAUGAUAUGGAAUUUACAACUGAAGAAAAAGAAAACAUUCAAGCUGUAAUACGUCAUAUAGAAAAGGAAACAUGCAUUGAGUUUAGAAACCUAGACUCAAAAAGAGGUUCUUCAGAAAAAGAACUUUCAGAUGAAGAUAGAAAAAACAAACCAACCAAAGAUGAAAUAAACCCUCAACAAUCAAACAUAGAUAAUGUAACUUUUCACAAUUCAUCAGCUUACAAUCAUGGUAAAGCAAAGCUGACAUAUAGCAUACCUAAUUCCACUCCGGAAAGUCAAAGAGAUACUGAUAAUGAAAUUUCAAACGAUAGUUGGGAUAACCCUAAAAUAUCGAAAGCAGCUACUCGAUUAAAACGUAAUAUAAUAUUACCAUUACGACGACAUGCAGCGAAUAUAUUAACCUUGGUUAGAUCGUCCGAGCCUGGGUGCCAAUGUCAUCCCCCAGGAAGACCAAAUGGACAUAAAGAUCUUGUUAUCAAUAAUGAUUGCUUUAAUUCGGUGAAUGAUCUUUUGCACGUGUUUGUACACGUGUUAGGUUUGGACCAUCAACAUAAUAUGCACGAUCGUGAUUUGUUUCUUAAAAUCGUGUGGGAUAAUCUUACUCCAGAAAUUAAAUCUGAAAUGUCACAUAAGCUUCCGCCGGCCUCAGCAGCAGGGUUUGCCUACGACUACCAGAGCGUUAUGCAUUACCCGUGGUUACAAAUAAAAGAUGGUGUUACAAACAUCAUGUAUCCAAUAUGGAAUGAUGGUUGGGCCAUGGGUCACUGGCAAGGCUUAAGCUAUAUCGACGUUCGAAAAUUAAACCUAAUCUAUAAAGAGCAGUGCGCAUUGCGAAGUCAAAGUGUUUCUUCAAAACGACAAUUUUAGAUCAUAUUUCAUUUGUUUUAAUAGAACA